GAGCUGCCCAGGGAGAGCUAGCCUGAGGACACAUCUGAGGCCACAUCUCUCAACAGUCUGUUCUUCCUGCUGCUGCACCAACUGCUGCACACUCUGGGCCUCACUGCUGGAAUCAUGCAGCCCCCUUGCUGCUGCCUUCUCUCCCUCCUCCUCUACCUCUUCCUCUUCUCUGGGACAUGGGCAAACCUGGAGGGGACCUUCACUGUCCGGCUGCUCCAGACCACCACCUUCCAAAACACCUCAUUUGCAGACACGGAGGGGCUGGGCCUGCUGGAAGACAUUGAACUUGGUUCUCUUGAUAAACACACAUGGUCCAUCCGCUUCUGCCAGCCCUGGGUGCGCCCAGCCCUGCCCCGUGCUGACUGGGACACCAUUGAAAACCUGCUUAAGAUCUAUUUGCAGCAGUUCAACCAUCUAAUCAAUGAAGGGGCCAUGCAAAGGGACAUCCCCUACCCCUUUGUUGUUCAGUGCAUGGCAGGCUGUGUGCUGUACCCCAACAGAUCCUCCCUGGCCUUUGGCUAUGUGGGUUACAAUGGUCAGGAUUUCCUCAGCUUCGACACAAAGAAUUUCACCUGGACCCUCUCCCAGGACACGGAGUUGUCACGGUAUGUCCAGUCAUUUCUCCAGAACUACACUGCCUUGAGUGAGCUGGUGGAAACUCUCUUCAAUGAUACUUGUGUUGAUGACAUGGAGGUGCUCCUGCACUAUGGGAGGGCAGCUAUGGAGAGACAAGAGAUGCCUGUGGCCACGGUCUUUGCCCGCACCCCCAGCCUAGACCAGCUGCUGCUUGUUUGCCAUGUCACUGGCUUCUAUCCCCGUCCCAUCAGUGUGGCCUGGCUGCGGGAUGGCCAGGAGAUGCCUCCGGGCCCAGCGCUCAACACCAGCACCAUCCUGCCCAACGCUGACCUCACCUACCAGCUGCGCAGCGUCCUGGCCGUGGCCCCCCAUGAUGGGCACAGCUAUGUCUGCCGUGUGCGCCAUCACAGCCUGGGCACCCGCAGCCUUCUCAUCCCAUGGGGGAACUCAGAAGUGGUGCUGAUCACAGGGCUCAUGGCCGGGCUGCUUGCAGCCAUGGCCGUAGCUGCCAUGUUGGUGCUUUGGGUGUGGAGACAAAGAAAGCACCAGCAGAUGGAGGAAUCAGAGUCCAGGAACUCCAUCCUGAGCAAAGAAGCUUAGCUCAGAAGAGAGCCAACAGUCCGCAUUCCCUCCCACUGCCUACACAGUAACAAGAACUACCUUUUUCUGCUUCACCUAUGUUCUGGACAUUGCCAAUUGCAAGACUAACUUGAUUCAGAGAUGCACAAGAGAAACCUGGCAAGAGAAAUAUGAGCUUUUGACUCACCUGAAUUUUCUAGACGCAAGUGCACAUCUGCGACCUCCUCACUUGUUACACAUGAUCAUCGCUUGUGGCACUAGCCAGUCCACCCACUGAUGCUGUAGGGCACCUCAAUACACAAUGGCAAAUUCUUCUGGUUCUGCUUCAGUAACACUUUUGUCAGAAGGUGGAAAGCUGUCCUCUUCUACUGUCACUUUCUCUUUGGUUUUUUUUUCUGAAAAAUUGCCUUUAUUAACCAUAUUCCAGAAAUAUUUGUGCUGAGACUGAACUGUUCCACACAGACUAACAGAAUCUGGCCAGAAAUGGCUUUACAAAGUGCUGAGUAACACUGAAAAUCUGGUGUAAUGUGUGGGAGCUGCAUAUGUGUAUGAAAUGAAAAUAAACCAUUCAUAUUUUCACUAAGAUAAUGUGCCUUUCCUUAGCAGUUCAAUGGGCUUGGAGAGGUUUUGAUCAGCCAUGUAUGCAAGUUGAAACACCGCUGAAUUAUUGGCACUAAUUGCAGGAAGCACCAAGGCAUGGAGGAAAAACAAUACAUGUGUGCCUGUGUAUAUAUGAACAUGUUCUCACAUACUGCAUGGAAAUAAACAACUGUGCACAUGGGGGUAAAGUGACCCCAAGACUCCCAAUAAAGAAGAAAAAAGAAGCCCAUGUCCCAUGAAAGAUAGCAGAGUUCACACACACACAGAGGAAGGCACGUAGUUCAUGCUCCCAAUCAACUUGAACAUGUAGCUUCAAAAGGUUUGGUUUCACUGGAUAACUUCCUGCAGUUUCCCAGGAUAAGUCUGGCAGCCAUGGCAAGCCAGAAAACUUGGCUGCCUCGUGACCAUAUCCAUCACAAAUCCAAUGGUGUUUUUUCUCCCCUGGCGAGAACUUGGAAACCACCUGGAACCAACCAAUGCUGGGGUAAUUACUGUGUUUCCCUAGCAGCCAGAGUCACCUGCUGGCAUCACAUG